AUGGCUCAAAACAACUCCAUUACCGUCACUUUGCAACAAAUCGCCAAGAUGAUCGACCACUCCUUGCUACACCCCACGAUGACAGACGAAGACAUCUUGGAAGGCCUUCGCAUUUCCAGGGAGUACAACGUCGCAACAGCAUGUAUCAAACCAUACCUCAUACCUCUCGCCAAGAAAGAACUCCAAGACACAAAUGUUCUCGUCUGUCCCGUAAUUGGCUUCCCGCACGGCAACAGCACCACCGAAGUGAAAGUCUUCGAAGCGAACGCCGCUGCCGCUGCAGGCGGACGCGAAAUCGACAUGGUCAUCAACAUCGGCAAAGCUCUCGGCGGCGAUUGGCAUUAUGUCGCAGAUGAGAUCCGCCAGAUCAACUCCGCCGUUACUCAUCACGGCGCAAUCUUGAAAGUCAUCUUCGAGAACGACUAUCUGCAAGAAAGCCACAUCGUUCGCCUCUGCCAGAUUUGCUCCGAGAUUGGGGUUGCUUUCGUGAAGACAUCCUCAGGAUAUGGGUUUGUCAAGCAAUCCAAUGGAAUGUACAACUACAAAGGCGCGACUGUGUCUCAUUUGAAGCUUAUGAGGGAGCAUUCUAAGGCUGGGGUCCAGAUCAAGGCGGCUGGUGGGGUGAGAACGCUUGAUGAUCUCCUUCAUGUGAUGUCGCUGGGGGUGACCCGCAUUGGUGCUACUGCUACCGUUGCCAUUAUGGAAGAAGCGAAGAAGCGUGGUAUUACGGACAAACCGACGGAAGUUGUUUUCCGGCCGAUGGAAGAUGCCGGUGCGGGGAGUCAUUAG